UACCGCGUGCGGCCGCGGUUCCGCACUGUGUGUCCGCUGCUGGAAGCUGACGAGCGGCUGCAGCAAAAGUACGGAGGCGCCGCUUGCCCAGGCCUUUUUCCGACUUGGGACGAAGAGGGGAUUUUGGAAGAAGUCCACGAGUGCAUCAACCAGCCGCCCCCGGAUAUGGAGAGCUACCCAGUGAACCUGGAGUGGGACAACGUGGCGGGCUUGGCGCCGGAAAACCAAGAAGAGCGCCCCUGGUGGUACAGCCAAGUGCACUUCCCCACAAGGCGGGCAGUGCAGCGAGCUUUCGAAGAAGGAGUUGAAGAUUUCCGAAAACCGCAGCUGCAGCAGCAACAGCCGCAGCUGCAGCAGCAACAGCUGCAGCUGCAGCAGCAACAGCUGCAGCUGCAGCUGCAGCAGCAACAGCUGCUGCAGCAACAGCUGCAGCUGCAGCAGCAACAGCUGCAGCUGCAGCAGCAACAGCUGCAGCUGCAGCAGCAGCAGCAGCAGCAGCAACAGCUGCAGCUGCAGCAGCAAUAG